AUGCUCGUCUCCUUCAACUCGGUCCGCGCCCGACCUCGCGUCGUCCUCCUCUCCCUCCUCCUCUUCUCCUUCCUCUCCUGGUCCCUCUGGGUCGGCGGGCGGCGACGGCCUCGUGUCCUCGACGCCGCGACGCUCCGAGCUCGAUUCCCUCUCACCUGGAAUCAUGUCCAUUCGUUCAACGGAACCGGCGGCGCCUGGUACAUCCCCCCCGAAUGGAUCGGCCGGGAUCAGCACCCGCCGCGGACCAUCCUCGAGGCCGCCCGUCUGGCCUCGGAUGCCGCCUCCUCCCACCGCGGCCGCCAGGUGGCCCUCUCCAAGAUACCCCUGAUCGUCCACCAGACGUCCCGCUCGGCGAGGAUGGACACGUGGAAGGCCGACGUCCUGCCCUGGGUCGAGCGGUGGUUGCGCCACGCCGUCGAGCCCGAGGGCGCGAGCCCCAUGGCCUACCUCUUCUGGGACGACGAAGGGAUCCUCGCCUUCAUGCGCGAGCGCGAGCCCGAUCUCGUCGACGACUUCAACGCCAUGUUCACGCCCGUCGAGCGGGCCGACAUCUUCCGCGUGCUCGCAUGCCAGUACUACGGCGGUGUCUACGCCGACGUCGACACGGAGCCUCUGAGGCACCCGGCUGAUUGGAUCCACCCGUCCGACGUCUCCCGCUGGACCGACGACGUGACGGGGACGAGCUACGGCAUGGUGAUGCCGCCCAGCGACUUCCCCGACGCCCUGCCGAGCAACACGCAACCCGUGAGCCUUGUCUGGGGGCUCGAGGCGGACACGGACCCCGACCUCGACACCUACUGGCGCAUGGGCUACUCGUACCCCGUCCAGGUCACCCAGUGGGCCCUCGCCUCGGCUCCGAGGCACCCGGCCCUCGCCCAGUUCAUGACGAACCUGAGGGCCCACGUCGCCGCCUCCAAGUCGGCGACCGACGAGGCGACCGAGGACCUCGACCCGCUGACGCGCACCGGCCCCGCCGCCGUGACGCUGGCGACCAUGACCUGGCUCGAGGCCGAGGUCGGCUUCCGGUGGAACGCCUUGACGGGGCUCAAGGACGGCGGCAAGUCGAAGCUCGUCUCGGACGUGCUGGUGCUCCCCAUCACGGGAUUCAGCCCCGGUCGCGGCAAGUACGGCAACAUGGGCUCGAAGCCCGUCACCGACCCCGACGCGAGGCUGCACCACCACGCCCUGGGCUCCUGGCGACACUUUGACCUCGUCGUCGAGUACGGCAAGUUCUGCCGGACCAUGUUUGGGCUCUGCAAGGACUGGUCCAAGGUCCCGGCGUAG